UGGAUUGACUUUGUAUCCGCAGAAACCGCGUGCGCUCGCCUCCGACGUAAACACCAUGAGCCGUUAUUUGACAAUAAUAAAUCUUGUAAUAAUGCUGAGUGCCUUUGUGAUACAAGGAGACGAACGUGCCAGAGAUACAGAAAAUGGAAACAAAACGAUUAGCAACUUCACCGACAAGGACCUCCCUGAAGUAGAGCUGAUGUUAUUGGAUAGGGUAGUAUUGAGAAGACUAGCGUCAGUCGAGAAUUAUGGCCGAAAAAGCUCUAAGCCAAAGCCCAAACCCAAACCUAAACCUAAACCAAAGCAAAAUUCAACUAUUUCAACCACCACCCCAUCAUCAUCAUCAUCAUCAUCAACUUCAUCUGGAAGACCUUGUACGUGCGCGCUCGGUGUCUGCAAGUGCUGUACUGGAUUGAUUUUGGACCUUUUCAACCAGAAAGCGUGUAUGAAGAUCACUUAUCACCCGGGAGACUUCGCUUUCGAUGUCGCUAUGUCUAUGAACGACAGGAUUCUUUAUGAAAACUCCAUGUCAGGUAAAAAUCCGAAACCAAUAUGUAUAAGCCCACCUAGGUUAUCGAACUUGAAAGUGUGUGCGAGAUUCUACAAUGUGUUUUUUCCUGGAAGGAACUUUCACUUUUGUUUAGCAAUGACUGGCCAGUGGCGAUCGAUUCAACUGUUUGACAUGGCUUUCGACUGCCUGAGAAUGGGUGCUAACGGCAUUGCUAUGAUGAAACCUGAAGAUGCUGGUGGUAUUGUCAUUCCGAAUCCACAGGGAGGAGUGGAUGCAGUCAUUGACGCUGGAGAGGAUGACAUUGAAGAUUACGAUGAAAACCUAGUCAAGUCUUUAUUCGGCAUUUUUGAUGAUUGACGAAGAAAAUGUACUUAGUAAUUCGAAAGCAUCCUUACUAUUAUUAACUUAUUUCAAAUUAUUCUAACUUAUGAUAAUUUAUACUAGCAUUGUUAUUUAUUACACAAUCGUUUUGUGAACCUUUCUAUGUUUUUACUUAAUUAACUAUUCUAUGUAAGUGUUAAGUUACAUAUGCAUGUAUGCGUAAAACAACGUCCAAUGUGAAAUAAAGAUGGCCAUUACUACAGAGUCGCGCCAGUAUCGAUCCGA